UGUGGAAAAAAUCCAUUAAAGAAAUGGAAAACACGUAUAAAAAGAAUAUCAAAAAUAUGGACGCCAAAUGGAGUUCCAAUAUAUGGAAUAGCGUUUGGGCUGUAUAUUUAGAAAAUGUACAUAACUUCAUUGGCUCCAAAUUGAAUAUGUCGGAUUUUCCCCUCAGGGAUAAAGAAAAGAUUAUAGAGACUU